UACCACGUCAGGUUCGGCUGCUGGGACAGCCGCGCUGAGGCUUCCUCACACAGGGAGGGAAAACGAACGGGCCGUAAUUCGACGGGUGGGGAAACUCGGCUCGCGGGCUUGGUGGCGCCAAACGUUUUAAACUGGACCUCGGAAAGCCACCCCCCCUCUAGCCAGCGGCCAAUCAGAGAAACUGUAUCAGGAGGGGGCGGACCCCAGCCGAAACGAGGGAGCGCGAUCGGAAUCCCAGGGCUGGCGCAGAGAGAGAGGGAAAGUUUUGUGGGGGUCGGGUCUGGAGCGAGGCAAGAGUCUCAUUUGUCAGGUGCAGGGCUGCAGGCUCCAUCCGCUGUAUCUGAUGAUGUCUCUUAAAGAAUGCUCACAAUGUUACGUAACCAAUGCAGCUCUUGCAAGAUCUAAAUGAAGCAUCACAAUUGCAGCAAAUAUGAAUGAGAGAAAGGUUUACAGUAGCAAAAUGAAUACUGAAGACAAGGAAAAUCAGUCUUUUGAAGAACAUGAAAGCACAGUGAAAACUCCUCUGAAACAGACUGCUGCCUCCAAUUGGAUCUUGGCAGAGAUCCAGCCUGCUGCUUUUGGCCAUCUGACAACGCCACCAAAGCCUAAUGAAAUCUCUCCUGGAGACCCAUGGACACCGACGGCGAACCUGAAAAUGCUGAUCAGUGCAGCCAGUCCUGAGAUCAGAAAUCGAGAACAGGAAAAAAGAUUGUCAGACAGCAGAAGUGAAAGCCUUGAGGACCAUUUAUCAGGAGAUGAAUAUGAAAAAUCCCAACCAAGCCGUAAGGAGAAAAGUCUAGGACUCCUGUGUCACAAAUUCUUAGCUCGCUAUCCCAGUUAUCCUAAUACCUCAAAAAACAAUUACAUUUGCCUUGAUGAAGUAGCAGGGGAGCUUAAUGUUGAACGCAGACGUAUAUAUGACAUAAUGAAUGUACUAGAAAGUCUUCACAUGGUAAGCCGUCUUGCCAAAAACCGGUAUGCUUGGCACGGGCGUCAUAAUCUGGAAAAAACACUACAGGUGUUGAAAAAGGUGGCUGAAGAUAACAAAUACACACAGCAAAUUGAGUUAAUUAAAAAGAGAGAACUUGAACAGGAGCCUGAGGGGAAUGGCCAGAACACUGAAUUGGCGAAGCAUGUUGGCUCAAACGACCAUACAGAGAUAUUAUUUGUGGAACUUCCGGGGAUGGAAUUUCGAGCAGCUUCAGUAAAUAGUCGUAAAGACAAGUCUUUAAGAGUGAUGAGUCAGAAAUUUGUGAUGCUCUUUCUUGUAUCAACUCCCCAAGUUGUGAGCCUUGAAGUUGCUGCUAAGAUUUUAAUUGGCGAAGACCAUGUUGAAUAUUUAGAUAAAAGCAAGUUUAAAACUAAAAUUCGGAGGCUGUAUGAUAUUGCUAAUGUCCUCAGUAGCCUUGAGCUUAUUGAGAAGAUUCAUGUUACAGAGGAAAAGGGCCGCAAGCCAGCAUUUAAAUGGACAGGGCCAUCAGAUGUUCCAGGUUCACAGCCUGUACCUACGCUUUCUUCAGUUCAUCCUAUGGAAGGAAAGUCUCCCAAAGAGCACUGUUCAAAGAAUCUUUUCCCUGCUAGAAGCAAGCAAGGCUUCACACGGCAUCCAUCCUUAAAAUUGGCAAAGGGUACACAAAAUAAUCGUAGAAAAAUUCAUUCGGCUCCGAGCAGCCCCAUCAAGAAAAGUACAAGUCAAAUUGCAUCAAGCUUUCCAAACAAGAUGGCGCAACUUGCAACAAUUUGCAAACAGCAAUUAGACGAACAGUCAAGGAAGUUUAAAAAGAUACAAAUGAAACAGAAACACUCUACCUUGCCAUGCCCUCUAGCUUCACUUCCUGACUCAGGUUUGGACUCCAAACAGUUUGUGUCUCCUCCUUCUGUUGGGACUCUACCUCUCAUCCAGAACUCGGUGUCUACAGGAAUACUAUCCCCUGUGCAUUCCAGCUAUGCACUGUAUUUGCAUCCUUCCCAAACACAGAUAGUGACUGGCUACAAUCCAAGUUUCACGGUACAGCCUGUUCCCUGCGCUAAUGUGAUUGGAAUGAGUUCUCCUACAGAGGCUAGUUCAAAAGCAGCACCUGAUAAAAUCUCCAAAGACCAUGGUACACAUUUAGAAGGUGAUGCAUCUGUUAAAGACCAAAACCUCUGUGUGGCUAAGGAGCAAGAUGGUACAAAAGAUGACUCACCACCUGAGAAAUCUUUUAAAAGAUGUAUGGCAUUACUGGAUGAUAGUCCAAUUAAAAAAUAUAGAAGUGGAGAGCUUCAAGAUGUGUUAUGGGGCAAAUCUGUGAAGAAUAAAAAACUCCAGUCUCCCCUAGCUUUGCAUCUCGACCAGGAAGGCUUGGCUUCAUCAGUGGAAGAACAAAAUAAAAAGGGAAAUACAGGUCAAAGCUUGGAGUGUCAGUCUGAGCAGCGGAAGCAUCGAGGCCUUCUGGAAGGUGACGGACCUGUUCCACCUCAGGAGUUGCCUGCAGCAUUUGCAGUGCCUGAACACAAGGCUUGGUUUUCUUCAGGUUACCUUAUACCUCUUGCUCAAUGCACCAAACUUGGUAAUGAGACCACUCUUUCUAACAAGGAGGUGUAUUCAGCAGAACCAAAACCCUGCAGUUCCCUGAUUGCUGGUGGUAUUUCAGUGACAUCCGAACUUACAGCCAUUAAUUUUCCUGGUUUUCAUAUAACACCUCUGAACCUAAUGUUACCACCAGCAUCCGUAGCUUCUGUUCCUGUGGUUAACAGCACUGCUCUUGCUCUGCCAGCCCAUGCCAACUCGACCCAAAUCCCAAACUCUUCAGUUGUGAACUUUACACUACAACACUUAGGACUGAUACCAGCCAGUAUGCAUCUGUCGACUGCAAAGGCAGUGCUUGGAUCUGCUCUGGUUCGUCAAGAAGCAGAACAGAUUAGUUCUGUCUCAAAAAGUGUAGGUUUAAAGCAGGAGAAAGCAUUAAAGAUUAUCUUACCAGUACCUGGCCAUGAGCGAAAUGGAAAAUCAGCUUCAACAACUCCUUUACAGCAGACUACUGGUUCUGUGGCAUCCAAAGUUUCUCAGGCAGGCAGCAAAACUUACCAUACACCAGGUGAGUCAGCCACAGUUCCUGGCUCUGGUUCAUCUUCUCCUGAAUCGGAUUGUGCUGAUGGGAUUUCCCAAGGGACAUUGUUAGAUCCACAAAGAAAACUUGGUGAAUCAACAGAAGAUAAAUUUUGACUUGGAAGAAAAUAUUGUUGACCUCUGUGUCUCAGAAUUCUUGGUAUUUCUAGUGGCACAAACUAGAUAGACUUGUACCCUGGAAAUUACCUUGAAAUGUAGAAAUGGCUUCUUCAUGCUGGGGUAGCUUUUUACUUAUAGUUCUACCCUGUUAACUUGAGCUCUUACAAAAAGCAAGAACAUGCAUCAACAUCUGUAGAAAGCUUACACAAAGAAGCAAUUUAUAUCUACCUGGUUAAAUGUCUGACUUCAUAGCUGUGUGUAAUAAGCUCUUGGUCAUUAUUUGUACAGAAACAUACUAAUUAUACAAAUGGCACAUUGCAGGUGCCAAGCAUAUAAUAUAUUGUAUUUGUAAAAUGAUAAAGGUCCUAGUUACUUUAAUUCAAAACAACAUUUUAAUUCUAUGUUUUCACUAACACUGUUGUAAAGUUAAGUCUUAAUCACGUCUAUGUAAAUUUACGGUUUAUUUAAAGAGAUUAAUCAAUUCAAAUAAAAUUGUCGUGUGUGUGUGUAAAGAGCACCGACCAGAGCAUAUGCAGGAACAAUACAAUGUAAGGAAAUGCCACAUUGUAUUUAUUAAUUAUAUAUUUAUCCCACCCUUCCAAAGAAUUCAGGGCAGCAUACAUGGGGUCUCCUUGCCCCAUUUUAUUCUCUCAACAAUGCUGUAACGUAAGUUAGAAUGAGAGACAAUAAGGCUGUUCUCAUGAUCAGAGUUGGGUGGGCUGGGGUGGGUCAUCUGCCUCUGGUCACCUGUCUUCCCCCAAAUCAUGGGAGCCUCCUGGGCUCUGCUAUGCUUGCAUGCCCACACAACCAGAGUGGUAGCAGACUCCCAAAGUGGGAUCAAGAGGAUAAAGUCCUCCUGUGUUCCGCAGUGGACUCUAUGGCCGCCACUCCUGGCAGCCAUUUCAUCCGCUGCAGUGCUCCAGACAACCAGAAAGUGAGGUAGAGUAUAGGCUUUGUUUCCCUCAUACUUUACACUUUGUAGGGGAUCUGGGUUACCCAACUCUGGAGCAGCUGGGUCGGGAGGUCUCCCAGUGGCCCAGAUGUCACGGGCUGCCUGGGUUAACUGUCUCCUACCUAGGUAGCUCAUGCUGUAAGAAUGGGCUCAAUGAAAUCUCUGUGUGAGGAUAUAAACCUGGGUCUCCCCAAGUCCUAGUCCCACCCUAAUCCCUACAGCAGAUUCCCCCCCCCCCCCGCCAAAAAAACAUGUAUCUUUUAAAAGUACAUCAGAAUAAGAUUAAAAUCUUAUUCCUAUGGUGUUUGCGAGGAAGGAACGAGGGAGUCUUGAGAUGGGAAUAAGUGUCUGCCAAGUGUCAAAAGCAUGCUACAAAGUUUGGAAAAGAGUGGAGAAUCUUGCUGUGAGCACACACAUCUUACUGCCUGCUGGUUUCAGUUGUAGCCAGUGCCAUUAAGUCUGCUCCAUUUGUACAAGUUUAAUUUUUCUGGUUUGGCAUAUUUGAAUGAACAGUUUGAAUUAUUUUUAAUUGAUGUUUGACACACAUUAGGGCAAGGAUACCACAUAUGUAACUUAACACACAGUACUGUUAAAUUUUGCAUUGAUUUCUCUGAAACUGGUAUUUGAUAAUAAAGGGACCUGAUUUUACACA